AUGUCUGAGCAAGUUUAUAGUGCUCACCAAACUAACGAAAGUCAUUCCGGUCCAACUGAUUUCAUGUACUCUACUAGAAGUUCUAAUACUUCUUGGCCUUAUUUUCAACAACCUUCGGAUUCAAAUAAUCAAAAUCUAUUUCCAACUUUUAGUAGUUUGGAUUCCAACAACCAAAAUAUGUUUCCCACAUUUAGUUCAAAUUCCGAUAAUCAAAAUAUAUAUCCUACAUUUAGUUCGGAUUCUAACAAUAAUCAAAAUUUAUUUACAACUUUUAGUGAUAACCUCUUUAGUUCAACUAACUUAGAUUUCAAUCUAUGGCCAAAUGACCCUCCUGCUGUUCCUCCGAGACCUAUGAGUAUUCAUCAACAACCAAACAUUCAAGCAAUAAAUUCUACUAAUAAUACUAGCAUUCAACAUACUAACGGUAUAAACCCUGUCGAUGGUCGAUCAACUGAAGGAUUUAGAAAUACUUUAUUAGAGUUUCAAGACUUUAGUGGUCUUAUUUCGAGGGGAGAUGUUCCGCCUGCAGAUGAAACCACUAACACUCCGUUAAACAAUAGUUUACCCAUUUUGGUCAAUGCUGAUAAAAAUAGUCACAUUCAAAAUUCUAAUACAGAUACUGAUCAAAAGAAAGAACCCUUAGGUCCUACUACUAGACUUACUAGAAAAAAACCUACUGGUUUACCUCUAAAAAGUCGGAAGAGACUUUCUAAAGACCCAUCACAACUUACCUCUCCAAAUACUUCUUCUCCUUCUCCUUCUCCAAAAAUUAUUCCUUCUCCACUUUUAUCUCCUUCUCCUGCUCAAUCUCCAAAUAUUAUUUCUUCGUCUGCUCUAUCUCCAAAAGUUAUUCCUUCACCUGCUCUAUCUCCAAAAGUUAUUCCUUCACCUGCUCUAUCUCCAAAACUUAUUCCUUCCCCUACUCCUUCCCCUCUUUACUCUCCAAAAAUUCCUUCUUACUCUGAAGAAAGUUUUCAAAAUUUAAAUGUUCGUCAAUCAAAUAUUGGUGCUUCUUUUUCUGAAACGCAUCUUUCCUCCAUAAAUUCCUCUUCUCAAAAUGAUCUUCAUCAUCCUUCUAAAAGUAGACCUACUACACCUUUAUUAAUACCAAUUCAUAAUAAAAAUCAAGGAAAACAAUCUUUUAGUACUCCUUCUUCUCCC